AUGAGCACGCAACGCACGCCCCUGCUUGUGUGCACGGGUACCGGUACGGACGCGUCCCCGCGCGCUCGCCUUGGACCUAUAUCGCCGCCGUCCACGCCCCUUGUCUCGCCCGUCCGCAGUCCGCGCAGCCCUCGCAGCCUGCGAUACGUCGAGAAGACUCCUCUCUAUGUGGUGGCUGAGGAUGAUGAGGACCUCGAGGACUGCCGGCCGUCCAAGGGUUGCCGGGUGGGCCGGGAUUGGAGGGGAGCGAUCAGAGUACUGGAUGGGCGGAGAAAGUUGUGGGGGCCGGUCCUGCUAGUGCUGGUUCUGCUCACAGGGACGGCUACGCUGUUCUUGACGGGAUUUACCGAGAGGGAGGCCUGGCGGGUGGUAAGCGAUAUCCCGCGGUCAUUCUUCGGCAAGGCAGGACAGCUGGGGCCGUGGGACACCGCACUGGAUCUCGGGGCUGGGAUGAUCUCUCAAAGCGGUGGAGGCGAGAGUGCGGGACCAAAGGCGGAUGUCGGAUCUUACGGACCCAAAUCAACAACGGACGACGGGCUGCUCCAUCGUCUUCCCUACAACCCUGAUCUUGGCCCCGGCAGCUCUCCGCAUCCCAUCACAUAUCUCAUCGACCAAGCGCAGGCGGCAUGGGCAGAGAAGAAUGCAAGGCAAAGCAGAACGCUGAGGGAGGCGGUAGAGGAGUAUCGGAGGCGGUAUGGACGGGCGCCUCCGGCGGGAUUCGAGAAGUGGUGGAAAUACGUGAAGACGCACAAUGUCCCCCUCCCAGACGAAUACGACCAAAUCUCCCAUGACGUCCACUCAUUCCACCCUCAUCGUCCCCAUGCCUUUUCAGCCAAGCAGGCCCAAGCAGUCGAUCUUCCCAAUACCUACAUUCUCCGUAACACCGGCGGUAAUCUCUCGGUAUCCCACGACCUCAACGCCGAUAUAUCACUCGCAGCAAGACGAAGGAUACAAGCGCAGCUGGACGUAAUCAAGGAGGUGGCUGGGGAUAUAGGCGACUUUGAUGCUGUGUGGAGUCUGCAGGAUACAGGACGGGCCUUUAUGAGCUUGAGUCAGAGGAGGGCUUUGGAUGUGGCUGGGGCAGGAGGGAAUUUCAUUGACGAUGAAGUUGUCGAGGAGCAAAGAGGCUGGUCAGCCCUCUGUCCGCCCUCUACCGACUUUGCCGCCGGUUUCGCCGCCACCCGCUCCCCUCCCCCUUCCUCGCAAAAAUCGUUCAUCUCCUCCCACCUCCUCUCCUCCUCAAUUUGCGACCAGCCCUCCCUCGUCCCCUUGCACAGCGCUACCGCUGGCGACCACCGCGCACCCGUCACCUCUGGCCAUCUCUCCAUCUUCUCGUCCUCUCGGCUCUCGGUCCAGAGCGAUAUCAUUGCCGUCCCCUACUCGCCUAGCACUGCCCAGGCAUCAACGCCAUGGGAGAGCAAAACCGAAGACCGGCUCCUCUGGCGCGGCGAGCUCACCGGGCCAAUAGCGGACGACACAGCCGACUGGCGGAUGACUGAGCAGGCCCGCCUUUUGGAUCUGCACAAGGCCGGUCCAACAUCGGUCCUCGUCCCCACCUCUGGUGCUAGUCCAGAGCUCUCCGAGGCGACCUACGCCGAUGCAGCCAAGCGGUACCUGGACGUCGGAGCGACUGGUCUGUCCGCGCAGUGCGACUCUCCCGCCUGCGCUGGUAUCGCCAACGACUACACCUUCGUCCCGCGCAUGAAGGACAUCGACGCGGGACGAUACAAGUACGCGCUCGACCUCGACGGGGACGCGGGAUUCCGGGAGCUGCUGUCGACCGGGAGCGUAGUAUUGAAGAGCACAAUCAUGGCGGAGUGGUGGUCCGACAGGGUGCAACCUUGGGUGCACUAUGUCCCCGUGAAGGUGGAUUACACGGAUCUGAUGGAUGUGAUGGCAUAUUUCACUGGCGAUCUCACGCCCGCCAAAGCAAACGGAAACGACACCGCCGCUCGCACGAUCGCCGAGGCAGGUCAGAACUGGGCGGCAACCCACUGGAGGGAGGAGGACAUGACGGCGUAUAUGUUCAGGCUGUAUCUCGAGUGGGCCAGGGUGUGGGGUAGUGAGGAUAGGCUGAGCGGGUAUACCUACGAUGAGAAGGAUGAGGUGGACACUGCCCAGAUCUAG